AUAUUUUCAUACCCAUCAUCCAAUUGGGACCCACAAAUAAAAUCUUUCUUCCUUCCUUCCCCCGCUAGAUCAGUCGAACUCCUCCUCGUCCCCUCCAUUUUCCCCCUCCUUUCUUACUCCGCAGGGAAAAAUCCUCCGCUUCCCUCCAAAACGAUUUUUGGAAAAAUUCGAAUUUGCUUCACAGAACUCGAAUUCAAGGAUCAAAGAAGCAGCGACUGGAUCGAAUUGCAGUCAUGAAUGCUCGAAGGGACUUCCGUGGCAACAAAGUUGCUCUUUUUGAUGGCAUUGAGGAGGGUGGCAUUAGGGCCUCAGCUUCCUACUCCCAUGAAAUUGAUGAACAUGAUAAUGAAAGGGCUGUGGACGGGUUGCAAGAUAGAGUCAAUUUGCUGAAGAGAUUGUCAGGUGAUAUACAUGAGGAGGUGGAGAGCCAUAAUCACAUGUUGGACAGAAUGGGAAAUGAUAUGGAUUCAUCGAGGGGAGUGCUAUCUGGUACAAUGGACAAGUUUAAGAUGGUCUUCGAGACCAAGUCAAGCAAGAGAAUGUUUACGCUAGUCGCAUCGUUUGUGGUCAUAUUCCUAGUCGUAUAUUAUCUCACUAGGUAACUAAUCCAUGAGGGAUUUGGUACAGCCACUAGUUUUGAGUUGAAUAUGGAAGACGCUCGCUUUUCUUUGUAAUCGAUGUUUACCUUCUGCUUGUAAAGAUAUUCUGGUAUGUUUGUAUAAAGAUAUUCGAAUGUAUGAAGUAGGAGUUGAAUGCCGGAAA